AUGGUGACCAUAUACCUCCUUCUCAGCGUUGUCAUUGGCUAUUACACGAUCAUCACCUUCAUCAAGAUGUUCAUCUGCAAUCCAAUCUCCGCUUAUUGGACACGGACUCAAGAAACCGAAACCGACGCGCUAUGCUUAAACCAGCCAGGAGUGAUCAUUGCAGAUUCCAUCAUCAGCUUCUUGACGGAUAUUGCCAUAUUCGCGUUUCCCGUUACGUUCAUCUGGCCACUGCAGAUGCCCUUUUGGAAAAAGGUCAAAGUCACUACUCUUCUUGGACUUGGAGGCAUCGCUGUGGCUUUUAGCCUUUACCGACUUGUGGUCGGGGUAUACGAGAUCAAGAGACCGGACGACACGACAAUGUUUACCAGGUCCAUAUUGACCGCAAACGCCGAAGUGGGACUCGGGCUAAUCUGCGCCUGUCUGCCGGCCUUCAACAUCCUCACCAAGCAUACUCAGCAAAACCCGGCUCCCUGGAAAGGCCUGGUACGCGGAAACAAAAAGAAACCCAAGUCAACUAAUACCAUUUUCGAUGGCACCCAGUCUAGUCGAUUUGUUACAAGUCAUUUGAGUAGCUCUGCACGCCGAGGGUCCACGGAUUCAGCCGUACUUAUGGCUAGUCAGGAGCAGUCGGGCUUGUCAGCUGGGGAUAAUACCGAAUCGAUCAUAAAGAUGGUCUCCUUGAAUCAGCAUUGGGAGCAGGCGUCGCAAAGUAACGAAGGGACUGAUCGAACCGACAUAAUAUAG